AUGAACCCUCAGGAAGCCCGGGGUCUCGGCUACGGCAAGCCCGGCUCGACGGAGAGUAUCGCGAACGGCGUCCCCUCCACUUCGGCUUCACGCGCCACUUCGGAGAGCACGCGGACCCCACGAUCAGCUCCCAUCAUCAAGAAUGUCGACCAAACCUCCGGUCACGUCCCCACCGAGCCCGCCGGUUCUGCGAGAGGAAUUCGCUUCGAGUCGUCCAACCCCCCCUCGCCGGCGCGGCCACCGUCGGGGGAGGGCGACGGACGACGACCCAUUUCCCCGCCGUCUGCGACCGAAAUGCCAAGCUCGUCGCAGGAUGCCCUUGCCGUCGACAUGGAACCCGGCUUCUCCUCGUGGGCUGAUGUCGUCGACGGCAAACCGACCCCCUGGUUUCCCUGGACCUGCUUUGGCUCCAGGCUGGAGCAUAAAAUCCGUGACCCCGGAGCGGCCAGUUCCAUAAGGUACAGUGUCCGACCGAAACUUCCGCUGCUUGUCUGCUUCCUCUACUUCGCCGGCUUCUUCGCCUACUGCCUCCUCAUUUCCACCUUCCACCGAACCCUUCAGAAUCUCGGCUUCGACUGUACGCCCACCACGACAACGCUGCCCCGUAACGGGCGAAACUCGACUGUGGCCAUUGUCUGGGCAGAGACCCUCGUCGUAACAGGCGUCUGCUUCUUGCUGGCUCAAGGCUACUACGGCGUACGAGCCAGCCGGGAGCGGAUGGAGAGGGUCAGGCAAAACACCAUGACCUUGGCCUACUCUUUCCUCAAGUCGUUGAGAACCUCGAAUAAUGCGCUCCAGCUCCAGCUCGAAAUAUACGAGUGUCUCGCUCUCUUGACGGCGUAUCCGGUUGCCUUGCUGGCGCAAAUUCGAGGCAACACCUGCGAACCAGCCGUGACCAGAUAUUGCCGAGACAUAUCCCACGCGCUCAUGAGACUCAGGCGCGGAGACGACCCGGUGCUGUCUGCCCCUUUCGAGAGAAGCGAGGCGUGGGAGAGUAGGGGCUUCCGAGAGUUUGCUGCGGUCGAGUACUUCUUCGAGAUCUUCUCUAUGCAGCUUCAGCUGGAGUUUCGCCGUCGAUCGAUGAGGAUGAAUGUGCCCCCGUCGCUGACGACGCAGCACGUCAUUUACAACCUCCGAAAUCACUUCGAGAACCUCGUCGACAAGGGGAAGGUGGACCAGGCCACGGCAUCCAUGAUGCGUGAUACAAUAGACAUGUUGUCCCUCGCAGGACGGGAGUGCACAAUCUUCUCCCACGGCGACAUUGCCCCGAUGGCCUUCUUAUGGUCCGUCCGCUUGGCCGGCUGGCUCGUCGCACUCUACAACCCUGUCCAGAGUUGCCAAAUGCUUGUCAACAGGACGCUUGCCGAGGACGACAGCACCACGCGUUUGCCACUCCUGAACCUGAGCAUCCUGUUCUUCAUGGUCGUGCUCGCCAUUCUAAGCACCACGCUCACAAUAAUCAUCAGAGAGAUGUGGUGCAUGUGGGAUCCUUUUAGCAAAGCCACAAAUCCGUACGCUUGGACGUUGGGCAUCGCCAACGAGAUCGACAACAUGCUCAAUGAAUUUUACGAGUACGAUGAUAGCGCGCAUUGCCUUGCCACGUCAAAACCGUCUGACUUCUAG